AUGUCUGAUAGAUAUAUAAAGGAAAGAAAGGUUGGUGAGGGAACGUACGCUGUUGUGUAUUUAGGAAAACAGCUAUCCACGAACAAGAACGUGGCCAUAAAGGAGAUUAAAACAGGUGGAUUUAAAGAUGGUCUUGAUAUGUCUGCAAUAAGAGAAGUCAAAUAUCUGCAGGAAAUGAGUCAUGAAAAUGUGAUUGAUCUUGUUGAUGUUUAUGCUGAUUCAGGAAAGAACCUAAACUUGGUGUUAGAAUUUCUUCCGUCUGAUUUGGAGGUUAUUAUAAACGAUAAAUCCUUGAUGAUUGUCCCGGCAGACAUUAAAAGUUGGUUAUUGAUGACCCUCCGAGGAAUAUACCAUUUACAUAGAAAUGGAAUUAUGCAUAGGGACUUGAAGCCAAACAAUUUGUUAAUUUCUCCUACGGGACAGCUUAAACUAGCCGAUUUUGGAUUAGCUCGUGCUUUCGGAGGUCCAAAUGAAAAAUUCACCUCAAAUGUGGUUACAAGGUGGUAUAGAGCCCCGGAACUUCUAUUUGGAGCGCGCCACUACGCUGGAGGAGUGGAUAUAUGGGCUGCAGGAGUUAUAUUUGCUGAGCUCAUGCUACGUACACCUUAUCUUCCUGGAAAAGACGAUAAUGAUCAGGUUGUGGUAACAUUUCGGGCAUUAGGUACUCCAACAGAAAAGAAUUGGCCAGGUGUUUCGAUUUUGCCCAACUACAACAACUUAGUCAUGUAUCCGCCGCCUUCUCGACAGGAACUUCGAAAUCGAUUUCCGGCUGCUACAGAAAGUGCUCUUGAUUUACUUUGCGGAAUGUUGACGUUGGAUCCUAAUAAAAGGUUGGAUGCAGGACAAUGCUUAACACACAAAUACUUUGUAGAGUUUCCAAGGCCUACUCCGGCAUCGAAACUCCCAAAACGAUCUGAAAGGAAGGAAUCCAAAGAUUAG